AUGGAGACUAUGUUAGAUUCCCCUGAUAAGCAUAGCCCCUUAAAUGAGGCUGGAGGCUAUUUAGAUAGUGAAACAGAUUAUUCCAGUAUCAGAGGAAAGAUGAUCAUGGUGAGCCCAACAGCUGAUGAAUAUGAAUUGCUGCAUAAACAACUAAUGGAAAGACUUGAAGCUGGAAAUGGGGAAAUAAUAUAUGAUAUUGGUCAAGGAGAAGAUGGGCGGGGACUGACCGAGGACGAGUAUAACGCAUCUGUGGCGACGCUGCAGUCGCUGGUGAGCGGCGAGCGCGUCUCGUGCGUGGAGCUGCGCCGGUGGGAGUGCGGGACUGGUCUCACCGGACAGUAUCUACUGCGCACAGAGCUCGACCACACUGACUUUAUGGAGAUCAGAGUGGCAGUGGUGGGUAAUGUGGACGCGGGCAAGUCCACGUUGCUAGGAGUAUUGACUCACGGUGAACUCGACAACGGACGCGGGUACGCCAGGCAGAGGCUGUUCCGGCACAAGCACGAGAUGGAGAGUGGCCGCACCAGUUCCGUGGGAAAUGAUAUACUAGGCUUCGAUAGUAUGGGUAAUGUGGUGAACAAACCUGACCACGGCACGCUGGACUGGGUGAAGAUCUGCGAGAAGUCUUCGAAGGUGAUCACAUUCAUAGAUCUGGCUGGACACGAGCGGUACCUCAAGACCACAGUGUUCGGCAUGACGGGGCAUGCGCCCGACUUCGGCAUGCUUAUGAUAGGGGCGAACGCGGGUAUAGUGGGCAUGACCAAAGAGCACCUGGGCCUGGCGCUGGCGCUGUCGGUGCCGGUGUUCGUGGUGGUGACCAAGAUCGACAUGUGCCCGCCCAACGUGCUGCAGGACAACCUUAAGCUGCUGCUGCGCAUCCUCAAGUCCUCCGGCUGCAGGAAGGUGCCGGUCAUGGUCAAGAACAAGGACGACGUCAUCGUCAGUGCCACCAACUUUGUCUCGCAGAGGCUAUGUCCCAUAUUCCAAGUGUCUAAUGUGACGGGCGAGAACCUGGAGCUGCUGACGAUGUUCCUGAACCUGCUGAAGACGCGUAUGCCCUCGCAGGACGACAAACCGGCCGAGUUCCAGAUCGACGACACAUACUCCGUGCCGGGCGUGGGCACGGUGGUGUCGGGCACGACGCUGGCGGGCGUGAUCCGGCUGAACGACACGCUGCUGCUGGGGCCCGACCCGCUGGGGCGGUUCACGCCCAUCGCCGUCAAGAGCAUCCACCGCAAGCGCAUGCCCGUGCCCGAGGUGCGCGGCGGACAGACCGCCAGCUUCGCGCUCAAGAAGAUCAAGAGAUCGCAGAUCCGCAAAGGCAUGGUGAUGGUAUCGCCGGCGCUGAACCCGCAGGCGUGCUGGCAGUUUGAAGGAGAGAUUCUGGUACUCCACCACCCCACCACCAUCUCCUCGCGCUACCAGGCCAUGGUCCACUGCGGCAGUAUCCGUCAGACCGCGUCGAUAUUGUCGAUGUCCCGCGACUGCCUCCGCACCGGGGACAAGGCGCUGGUGCGGUUCCGCUUCAUCAAACACCCGGAGUAUCUCAAGCGAGGGCAGAGGAUGGUGUUCCGCGAGGGCCGCACCAAGGCGGUGGGCAACGUGCUGCGGCCGGAGCCGCACGCCGCCAAGCCGCAGGCGCGCCGCGCCCCCCCCGCCCACCACGCCGCCAACGCGCAGGACAACAACGCGGCUUCGGAGAGUCACGUGACGGGGGCGGAUUCCCCGUUCGAGGUGCAGACCGACAAACGCACGCGUCGACCGCGCAAGAGACACGACAAGCCACCAGAACACCAUCCCGUCGCAGCUAACUAA